GACUGUUUUUAUCUAGGAACAGUAGCAAUCUGGGAUCUUCAGACCAAGUCUAUGCUGCAGAAGGUUCGUCAGGGCGGAGUGAUAAAGCAGUACCCGUUCUACAGCUUCUCCGCCCACGACAGCGCGGUGCGAGGCAUCGAGUGGUGUAAAGCCGACAGUAACUUCUUUGUGACCUGUGGAAACGACCGGCGUCUGAAGUUUUGGGAUCUCCGCCGUCUGCACACGCCUGUCAAUAACAUCAGACGGUUCCAGGCCACGGAGUUGGCAUGGCUGCUGCCAUACUGCGGGGUGGCUGUGGCGCAGGACAACUGCUACGCCUCACACGGCCUGUGCGGCAUCCACUACGUCGACUCCGGCUUCCUCGGCUACAAGCCGUACUUCGCUACUCCCCGCAAGGGAACCGUCUGGAGUGUCUCUGGCUCGGACUGGUUGAGCGCCAUCACAUCGGGGGACAUUACCGGAGAGGUCAUGGUCAUCCUGCUACCCAGCCUGAAUGUGCAGUCCAUCAACAUCAAGCGGCCGUCAGAGCGCAGAUUCCCGGUCUAUAAGGUGGACUUCCUGUCCUCUGCCCCGCCGUCCACGGACAGCCCCGAUCCUGGCGACCAUGCGCUGAGCGGGCCCCUGGCUGACAUUCAUCACUGGGAACAUUUCAAGCCAAAGUCGUUCCGUGCGGCGACCGGACGCUUCAGCCUGCUGUUUCAGGAUAUGGAUCUGACGAACUUCCAUAAACUGAGCAGCCGGGACCCUGUCAAGAGGAUGCAAGCCAACGAGCUGAAGGGCGACCUGAACAUGGAGCGCGUGCAGCUGGAGGCCAUACACAAGGUCCGUUUCAACCCAAACUUGGACUCGUACACGUGGAUGGUGUCUGGAGGUCACUCUGGCCUGGUCAGAGUCCACUGCGUUCGAGGUUUGCACUCUUCGGUUGGCCAGAAGAUGAUCCAGGAGAAGAGAGCACAGUUCCGGGCCAUGUAUGACGCUGCAGAGACUGUUGUGGAGUUUGAAUACAGUCCAGAGGUCCAGCAUUGUGUUGUGGAGGUCUAGAGACGGCGUGCCCGUCACCUCUACAAGUGAUUCUCCUGUUGCGUCCCCCGUGUAACUUCUGAUUUUAGUUGUUUUUAACUUUGUUUCUUUUUAUAUGCCCUGAUGGACAUGUAUACAGCACUUCCACUGCCCAGGGUAGCCUCGUGGGCAGGAUUUUUCUAGCACCAGGUCCAGUGGUGAGAUGGAGUAGAAUCCUGCCACGCUGUGGACAUGUAUGAACACACAGACCUGGGUAGUAAAGACAGCCAUAUUCACAUGGUUCCAUGAUCUCAUCAUCGCUCACAUUGAGCUCCUUAUGAGGUGACUUCUGGUUGUUUAUUAAAAGCCUCCUAUUUUUUA